UGCACAUCUCUGUGUGUUGAUCAGGAUCACACAAGCCAGUAAGAGACAGAAAGGGCAGGAGAAGCUGUUUCCUCUGCUGCAUGCUAGCCAUGCUGGCUCAGCUCUGCCAGGACCAGGAUGCAUAGAGGUCAGCCCUGUGCUCUCAGCACCGCAGGGAAAAAGCAAGCCAGCAGCGCCUCAUCCUCUGGGCUUUUCUGCAUGGCAUGAGCAGUUCCACCAUGGGGCUGCAGAGGAAGGAACACCCAUGAGAGCCACUCUUCUGUGGCUGUGGCUUGAAGCAACUCUGUGCUCUUGCAGCCCAUCAUGGCCUGGACCCACCCAACGCCUCAGUCCUCCAGAAGUGGUGACACCCUUGAAAGUGACUGGCAGGAGCAGGGGUACGAAGACUCCAGGAUGGCUCUCCUAUAGCCUGCUGUUUGGGGGCCAGAGACAUGUUGUUCACAUGAGGGUCAAGAAGCUGCUGGUUUCCACACACCUUCCUAUCCUCACCUACACAGACCAGCAUGCCCUUGUGGAGGACCAGCCCUUCCUCCCUGAGGACUGUUACUACCAUGGGUAUGUGGAAGGGGCACCCCAGUCUCUGGCUGUUUUCAGUGCCUGUUUCGGGGGCCUACGGGGAGUGUUACAAGUAAAUGGCCUCAUGUAUGAAAUCGAGCCCAUCAGGCACUCAACUGUAUUUGAACAUCUGGUUUACAGGUUAAAUGGUAAUGAGACACAAUCCCCAAAUGCAAAGUGUGGUUUAACAGAGGAGAAAAUUGUACGCCAGCACUUGGAGCUUGCAGUGGGUGAGAACUUGGUUCCGAAGCAUGAUUCUGUUGGUGCCCAGUGGACCCACAUCUGGAUUUUGGAGCUGGUUAUAGUGACAGACCAUGAUUUCUUUAUUCACUCGCAGGGCAACUUGUCAAAAGUUCAAGAGGAUGUAUUCUUUGUUGUCAAUGUAGUGGAUUCCAUGUAUCGUCAGCUGCACACUUACGUGAAUUUGAUUGGAAUUGAGAUUUGGAAUAAAGGAAAUGUUUUCCAGAUGACAACAAUAGACCAGGUUUUGGACGAUUUCUCUCAGUGGAAAAAGAUCAGUCUUGCCCAGCUACAGCAUGAUGCCGCACACAUUUUCAUCCAAAGUGCACACAUAGACCUACUUGGUCUGGCCUAUGUUGCAGGAAUAUGUCAAUCUCCUAUUGACUGUGGAGUUUGUAAUUUCAGGGGAGACCCCUGGUCUGUCUUUGCUAACACCGUGGCCCAUGAGUUAGGUCAUAUUUUGGGUAUGGUGCAUGACGAGAAACCGUGUUCCUGUGGGGAAGAUGGUUGCAUCAUGAGUGCUUACAGGGUGCCAGAAGCAAAGCGAUUCACCAACUGCAGCUAUCUUGAUUUUAUGGAAACUGUUGUAAACCAAGGAUCGUGUCUGCACAAUAUCCCGAGUACAGCAAAAGUCUUUCUGCUGAAGCGCUGUGGGAAUGGCGUGGUGGAAAAAGGAGAGCAGUGUGACUGUGGGGACAUGCAGCAGUGCGAACACGACCCCUGCUGUCUGCCGAACUGCACUCUGAGGCCUGGGGCUGCAUGUGCCUUUGGGUUGUGCUGCAAAGACUGCCAGUUUGUGCAGCCAGGGCAGCUGUGUAGACAACAGGUCAACGAAUGUGACCUUCCAGAGUGGUGCAAUGGGACAUCCCCCCAAUGCCCACAAGACGCAUAUGUGCAAGAUGGGGUUCCCUGUAGCAGUAAUGCCUACUGCUACAGAAAGGAAUGUAACCACCAUGACCAACAGUGCAGGGCGAUUUUUGGCCCAAGGGCGAGGAGUGCAUCUCAGACUUGUUAUAGAGAAGUUAACUCUCGGGGAAACCGCUUUGGCCACUGUGGCAUGAAUGGCACUGUGUACCUGAAAUGCGACACGCCUGACGUCUUCUGUGGGAGAGUCCAGUGUGAAAGCGUGGAAGACAUGCCCCCACUCCCAGAUCAUUCUGUUCUGCAGAGCACUCAUGUCAGUGGGGUCACAUGCUGGAGCAUCGGCCAUCACCAAGGCGUGAGCAUGGCUGAUGCUGGUGAAGUCAAAGACGGCACCACCUGUGAAGCAGGAAAGAUCUGCAUUCAUAAGAAGUGUGUCAAUCUGUCCGUCCUGUCACAAGACUGCCUUUCUGAGACUUGCAACAUGAAGGGCACCUGCAACAACAAACAUCACUGUCACUGUGCUUAUGGGUGGUCCCCGCCCAACUGUCUGCACAGAGGGUAUGGAGGCAGCAUGGACAGCGGGCCAGCGUCUCCAAUAAAAACAGUGUUCUUGAAAGAAGUUCUGAUAUUUUUGUUGUCUGCUCCAAUUUGUUUUUUGACUGUGGGGCUUUAUAUGUAUCAUCGAAUACGUUCUGGUCCCAAGGCCACUGAGAGGUUCACUCAUCAGUUGAAGAAAAACUUUCUAAGUCAAAAUUCCAUGCAUGAUAUAAGUGGAGUUCCUGGGCAGCAGAAAUGUUAGCACAUGACCCAAACUGAGCAAAUCCAUGAGUUUACAGAAGAAUACAAGAAUCUCUCCUGUGGGAAUCAGGAACUUUGUCAUU